AUGAUUUGCGGUGAUUGGGGCGAGUCGAAGAAUGUUUGGAUUUUAGAAACGAAACACCCCUGGGCUCGAAAUCGGAACUUAUGCACGGUUGAAAGUGUCGCCAGACAGAUGUCAGACUACUGCACCCGACUGCUGACUUGGAACUAUGUGCCAUCCAAUCCACAAAAUUACUUGGGAAAACGCUUAGAAGACGAAUUCGGUAAUGUUCGUCUUUCUGGUCUUCCGGUUGAGAGUAUUCUGGAAUCAACUCCUUUCAUAGACUUCUUGAACAAAACAUUCGAGAACAAUACAGCGAGGCAUCAUCACAGCUUUGUUCAUCUAAGUGAUGCUCUUCGCUUGGCACUUGUAUACAAAUUUGGAGGAAUCUACAUCGACAGUGACAUCUGGGCCAUGAAACAAAUCGACCUCGCUCCAAAGUAUCUGGCGAGAGCAAGUGGCGGAAUGAUAAGCAAUGCGGUUAUCAAAUCAGAGAAACCAGGAUCUCAAAUAUUGAUGAAAAUAAUGGAAGAAGGUAACAAGGCCUAUGACAUUCAUAACUACGCUGUUCUGAUGCAACAACUUUGUGUGAAAAUGGCCUGGUACUUUAAAAGCAAGAACCACACCAUCCAGCUGGUGGAUACUAGAAUUGGGCUAAUUGAGGAUAGCGGAGACUGGAAAAUAUUCGGGUUCAAAAGUGGUGGUCUUUGCAGUAGUUAUGGAAAAAACCAGCUGAAAAGUCCAGAGGAGGCUGAGAAAAAGUUUGAAAAACUUAUGGCGGAAAACUGUUCCAUGUUCCAUUACAUGCAAUCAUAUUUGGGGCAGACUCAAGAAUACAAACCAGAUGAUAAAUCUAAUCUAGCAGUUCUGGUGAUGGCUAAAACAUGUCCAUUUACUUUGUCAAAUGCUGAUUUUGUCUAAAUUUGUAACAUUGAGCCGACUGGAUUAGUUCAUGGCAGAAAUUUAUACCA